AGUAAUCAUUUCCUAAUAAUCCACAUAAAGUGGGAUAAGGAUAGGCUGUUAAUUCUGCCUCUGAGUAUAUCUGGCAACAUAGUUCUGAUAAUAUCGAAGUGUUUAUAGGAUUUCUUUUUCAUUGAGUGCCUGAACGUUCGUGUGAUUAUUUAAGAAAUUAUUUUUCGAUGUUGAAAUAACUUGAAGUCUAAAAAACUUUAUAUUUUUCAAGAAGGUUUCUACCUUUUGUAUGCAUUGAUUUUUUACUUGUCCUCCAUAAGGAGAUAAUGCCGUACUAGUGCGUACGCGCAACGAGCGUAACACGCAAAACAAGCACUGCUGCACACAACAGCAUUUUCCUUAAGCUUUACAAAUUUUCAAACUCACGCAGAUGAAUUAGCAUGCAAGUGAGAUUAUUGUAAAUGAGGGACUGGUAAAUGUGGUCUUUGACUUAUAUUUACAUAAGACAUCUCAUACAGCUAUCUCAUUCGUGAUUUUAACUCUGCUAAGCAACCAUGUCGACGAAUUACCAGUUAAUUUUGAUAUGCUAUCUCUUUCUGGUGGUAAUAAGCGUCAGCGGGAAGGAAUUUGAAGGGAUCCACCGGAGCCGAAGACAACUAUUGUUUCCAAACUCAACAUUAUUGCAGUUCAACGUGGGAAUUGGAACGCCAACGCCUGCGGCUUUGGUGAACCUAAACUACGCUUUCCAAGCCAACUUCCAACUGCCCUGGAAUAGAUCUCAAAUUCCAUUCGACGUACUGGAAGCAUAUAACGGAUACACAGGAUCGAGGAAGAAAAGAGAUGUAGAUAAUAAUCUGGAUGUGAUGGAAAAGGACGGGUAUUAUGACAACGAUGGCAGAUUGUAUCACUUCUACAAGUUUGUUGAAAGCUUCUUGGCAGAUCUUGGCUACAAUGGCACCUCCUGCGUGUUUCGGACAUUAUGCCAACUAGGAUCGGAGCCACUACACUCAGAGGACGGGGAAGACUUGCUACACGAACUGGCAACUUAUGUCUUGAAUCCAAGAAAUGAGAUGUACCACCCUGACUACCACCAUGAAGUACAGCCAUACAUUGAAGCAUACGAGCAUGGAGAAGGCAAGAAGGACUGUGUCUCACUCUACAAGAACUGCCCCAUUUCACUAAUUGAUCUAUUCUCGAAACUUUAUUAGGCUAUUUGGAAUUUGAGUUAUAUAUUAAUAGAUCAGGUUUCUAUGUUUCUUUUUUUUAUAUUACACUAUUAUUAAACAUUAUAA